AUGAAUAUUUUCAGACUCACAGGAGAUAUGCUACAUUUGCUAGCUAUCCUUAUCCUUCUCUAUAGAAUCAGAAGGUCAAGAAAUUGCAUCGGUUUGUCCUGCAAGACUCAGGAGAUGUACUUACUCGUCUUUUGCAUAAGAUACUUGGACCUCUUUAUGUACUUCAUUUCUCUCUACAACACUGGCAUGAAAGUCUUCUUCAUCAGCGCCACUGCUUUCACUAUCUAUCUCAUGAGAUACAAGAAGCCAUACUGUACUACUUACGAUGCCCUUGGAGAUGAUUUCCCGCACUUCAAAGUAUUAUUGCCUGCCGCUUUCGUUAUCACUCUUCUAAUCAAUACUGGCUAUUAACCAUGGGAAUUCGUAUGGAGUUAUAGUUUAUGGCUUGAGUCAAUUGCAUUCAUUCCUUAAAUCGUGAUGCUUAAUAAAAUCAGACUAAUUGAAAACAUUACAUCCCACUAUGUAGCCACUCUUGGUCUCUACAGAUUCUUCUAUAUUCUGAACUGGUUCUACAGAUUCUACAUUGAUGACUUCUUCUGCUGGACUCAAAUUCUCAGUGGUAUUCUAUAGACUGGUCUCUACGUCGACUUCCUCUACUACUAUUUCAAGAGCAUUGGAGAGGGCAAGCAGAUUAUUGAGUUACCUAUGUGA